AUGGCUUCUUCUCCCUUUAAACUUUACGACAGUCCUUCUCGCUCCAAAACCUUGUCCGAAUUAACGUUCAAAUUUGAUACAAAACCCAUCAUUAAUCCAAAUCCUGAUGUGGCUAAUAAAUCUGAGUCUGAGCUCGUGUUGGACAAGGUGCCAGAACAGAUUCAGAGCCUGCUAUACGGAAAAACAAAGGACCGAAUUCACGCCUCAUGUAAUUUACGGAAGCUUAGUGAUGAGAAGGUGUUGAGGAAGCCACUCGCAAUGACUAACAAUUUCGUUGAGUCCAUUUGUGCCGUAUUGAUGGCUGAUCAAGAGAAUGAUGGCCAAAAACGGUGCCAACAGCAUGCCUUAGCAAUACUGGGAAAUUUGCUGCUUGAAGAUCCUCUCCUUGAUACCUUCAUCGCUAACGAGGAGAAUUGUCUUCCAGGGCUCUCCAAGAUGUUAUGUUCCGAUGAUAAGGAAACCUUGGAGUUGGCUUCAAGAGUCCUUGAUUACAUCUCGGUAACCUUUCAGAAUCAGUCCUUAGUGUGUACCACUGAUGGGCUGUUGUACAGUAUUGUUCAGUGCUUGAAAUCGUCCACAAAAAACCUGAAGGUCAAGCAGCAUGUGGUUCAGGCAUUGGUAUAUCUUUCAGCCAAUCCUAAGAACAGAUUUGUACUUGCUAGAGAAUCAGGAUUGUUGGAAGAAAUUAAUGGAAUACUAGACACUCACCAUAGAAUGGAUGAGCAGCACAAUCUGCCAAGAAUGGCCAUGCAGGUGAUUUACAAUUUAUGUCUGUUGAAAGAAAAUAUUCCUCUCAUUGCAAAACACGGUGUUAGAAAUAACAUUAAGAAAAAGAAUCAAAUCGUGAGAGAAUCUAUUCAGUCAACAAAGAAUGGGGAAAGACAGUACCCAGGAUACCAAAAUGAUAUUUUGAUUUGGAAAUUAAGCUGUGUUGUUUUGGAUGCGAUUAACCUCUAUGAUAAACGAUUUGACAGUCAGUCCGUUCUUAAUAACACUGGCUACAACUCAAGUGUCAUUGAGAUAGGAGCAUUCAAGUCAACAAGUGUCGUGAUGAUGAACGAAGAUGAAGAGAUUAGAAGCAUGAAGAAUCAAUCGACCUCGUCCAAUAAUAAUGAAAGCAAAAGCGAUGCGUUUGACAGAAGAAGAAGGGCUGCAGCAAGAAGAAACAAAACCACAGAAGACAUUGUUCUUGAUGAUGAUAGUGACCCUUUGAGUCCAUAA